AUGAUUAAGAUAUUUAUCAUCCUCAGAAAAAUUAACAAUCCUCAUGAAUCCCUUAAAGCACAGAAGAAGAGCAAUGCAGACAAACUCAGAGAAGUGAUAAAGAACGAAUACGGUGAAUAUAAGGAACAUGUUGAUGAAUUUAUUAACUCAUUGACUGCUCAAAAAGCUGAUUCACAGAAGGAACUUGAGAAGGAGAGAACAAUGAAACAAGAAGCCGACAAGGAAACUCAAAGACUUAGAGCUAAAGUCGCCGAUUUAGAAGCUAAAUUGGCAGAAGCUGGUGCUACUGGAGCUUCUAUUGCUAAGUUGAAAGCGAAUUAUGAAACAGAAUUCGAAGGAAUCGAAACAAAAAAGGAAGAAGCACAAAACGCGACUGCUAAAGCUAAGAAACAAGCUAAACAGUAUGCUAGAAAGGUUGAAGAGGCUGAAAGAAAGCUUGCAGAAUUCGAACAGAAGGAGUCUACAAUUAACACCCAAAUUGGUAAGACACAAGCCGAUUUGAAGAAGGCUCGACAAUAA